AUGUCUGGCCGUGGAAAAGGUGGAAAGGGAUUGGGUAAAGGAGGAGCCAAAAGACAUCGGAAGGUUCUCCGAGACAACAUCCAAGGAAUCACGAAGCCCGCUAUCCGCCGUCUCGCUCGUCGUGGUGGUGUGAAACGCAUCUCAGGCUUGAUCUACGAAGAGACCCGUGGUGUCCUGAAGGUGUUUUUGGAGAAUGUGAUUCGUGACGCUGUGACAUACACAGAGCAUGCGAAGAGGAAGACAGUGACAGCUAUGGAUGUUGUGUACGCUUUGAAACGCCAAGGUCGUACUCUGUACGGUUUCGGUGGUUAAUUUUGUCGGUGUGAGUGAGUUGGAGGUGACCUGACAUGAUCUGACGUGAAUGUGGUCUGCACGAGAAC